CUUUUCAAAUCCAAAACUCAGCAGGCGCUCUUCGGGGUUCGGAUUUUCCCGUUUCUUCCAUUUACAACUGUUCUUUUCCUUUGAAUUGCUCAAUCACUCUCACUAAAGCUUCACAUUCGCGAUACCCAUUCGAAUCCUCACCGAAUGGUUCCACUUAUGCUUUUGUAGACAUUCAAUUAAUCUUAGAAUAAUUGGAACAGGCGGUUAUCGGAAAGCUAUGGCAGCUGUCAAGUUGCAGGGAAAAUCUAAAGUGGGUUUAACCCGGGUCUUUGAAGAUGGCCAAUCUCGUAAAAAUUCGGGUGCUAGAAAUUUUAAAGUUUUGCCUGAAAAUGAGCAGCUCAAAAUAGAUGAUGAUGGGCUCGCGAAACCAGCAACAGGAGCCAGUGAACAUGCAAGAAGGAGUGCUUUGGUGGCUAACAAAGGGGUUGUCAUGAAUACUGCUAGCAACUCAAAGGUUGGCUUGAAAAGUAUGAAGAAAAGCAGUGGCAUCUAUGGUAGUUCUGCAAAUAUGAAAGCGAGAAAGGCACUGGCUGAUGUUAGCAACGUUCAAGGCAACUCUAUGAGGAAUAUUAAACAGGAUGCUUCUAAAAUGAAGGUUUUAGCCAGCACAGGUACCAAGUUGGGCGAUGCCUCUUCAAGGAAGUCCUUUAUGGGGAGACUGCACAGGAAAAUAAUUCAAGUUGAUGGUCAGUUAGAAGCUUCUAAGAGAGCAGUGAGCACUAGCUCAAUACCACCCUUAGGUGCUCAGAAGAUUAAUAAAAGUGGAGGAAGAUCAUCUAUUGCCACAGAGGGCAGGACCACUAGGAAGUCUCUCUUACCUAGUUUGACAAGGAGGUCUUUACCUGUGCCAAGGAGGGUCAAUAGGGAGGACAUGAGCAACAGAAAGGGAAAUGCUGGAAGUUCUGAUACUGCAAAGAAAAUAAGUGGGAUAUCAACUAAGGAAGAAACAGUGAGAAAAGUUGCCCCCCAAUUAUCUGGUGCAACAAGCCAUCUACGGAAGACUCGAGUGAGUGAUGGCCAUGUUCAUAUUAAUCUGGGAGCCAGGGUUAAAACCAAUGUUUUAUAUGCAUCCUCAAGGAAGUCUACCAAACCUCUUGUUAAGCGCACACUUAAGGCUUCUAACGCUCCAAGGACUUCAAAAUCUAAGUCCAAAUCAGCUGCCGCAAUUUCAUCACAGGAUGAGGAGGCAGUUGCUUUGUCUCUCCCUGAUAAUAAUUUACCUGUGGUUUCCAACGAUGCAUAUGAAGGGCAGCUUCCAUCUGGUGGAGACAGCAACCCAAGAACAAGUUCAUUGGAGAUAAUUGGAAGGAAAAAGUCCACCCGUCGAAAAUCUUACACAACUUUGUUAAUGGAAAGAUCUAAGCUUCUCAAGGAAAGUGGUGAAAUGACUGAACAAGAUAACCUACCAAAUAUCGAUGAUGAAUGCAAUCAACUAGAAGUUUCUGAGUAUGUUGAUGAUAUAUAUCAGUACUAUUGGGUUACUGAGGCACAAGCUCCGGCUCUGAUGAGUUAUAUGUCAAUUCAGACGGACCUUACACCUCAUAUGCGUGGCAUACUGAUAAACUGGUUAAUUGAAGUACACUUGAAAUAUGAGUUGAUGCCAGAAACCCUGUAUCUCACAGUUUCGUUAUUGGAUCAAUAUCUAUCUCUAGUGGCAAUUGAAAAGAAUGAAUUGCAGUUAGUUGGUCUAACCGCACUUCUGCUGGCAUCAAAAUAUGAAGAUUUUUGGCAUCCUAGUGUCAAAGAGUUACUAAGCAUUUCAGUUGAAUCAUAUACGAGAGAACAAAUACUAGGGAUGGAGAAGCUUAUUCUUAGAAAAUUGAAGUUCCGUCUUAAUGGCCCCACUCCUUAUGUUUUUAUGGUGAGGUUUUUGAAGGCUGCUCAGUCAGACAAGAGGCUGGAACACUUGGCAUUCUUUCUUAUUGAACUGUGCUUGGUUGAAUAUGAAGCCUUGGCAUUCAAGUCUUCACUGGUAUGUGCAUCUGCCAUCUAUGUUGCUCGUUGCACCCUGCAAAUUGCCCCACCAUGGACGCCAUUGCUGCACAAGCAUUGUCGUUAUGAAGUUUCCCAAUUAAGGAAUUGUGCAGAGAUGAUAUUGAAGUUCCACAAAUCAGCUAGAGCAGGAAAUCUGAUGGUUACAUGUGAAAAAUAUUCAAGGCCUGAACUAAGUAGGGUUGCAACCCUGAAACCUUUGGACAACCUUCCUCUCUGACUUGACUUGGAUUUGUGCUUUAAUUUUACUUCUGUGAUAAGUGUGAAAUACUUAGAAAAUACUGUAUUAUGUUGUAAGCUGCAACCACUUUUUUUUUUUUUUUUUGGAAAUAGUAAGCUGUAACCACAUGUGACUGCACAUGAUAUGAAUGUGCACCCCGAAAGGAAUUAAAAUGAAAGACUAAAUUCUCAAGGCA